GACGUUGCGGCAGUAAUGAGUACGUCAGUCGUUGGUUGUCGUUUUAUCAGGUUUACAGAUUAAAUAUCUGUCUCAGGGUCAAUUGACAGAAUUCAGAUUUGUCAUUUCUUCAAGAGUAGUAAGAUUUGUCAUUGUCGUAUUAAUAAAGUUAUUAGUACGAAAAGAUAAUCUAGUGAUAAUUGUUAUAAACAAUAAGUUGGAAUGUAGUAAUACUUUUAUCACAUUCAUAAAAUUUCACCUAUAAUAUUAAUUUUCCUUAAUACUUGUUUUAAUUUAUACUGUGAAUAAAGGAACCAAGAUGGGUAAAGGAUUCAAUAAUUAUAUGUGUAAGAAAUUCUUCCACCCAGCAUCUAGAGACAAUUUGAAGAGGGUAUGGAUGGCAGAACAGAAAGCUGAGGCAUACAAAAAGAAACAAGAAGAGCUCCGCCAACAGUAUGAAAAGGAACAAGAUCUCCAUGAUAAUAAAGCAAUGCUUAGUAAAGAGAGUAAAGAUAAGUUGAGCAUAAAUUUUAUGUAUGAACCUCCUCCUGGAGCCAGAAAAGAAAGGGAGAGAGAGGAUAAUGAGCCAGAGUAUAAGUUUGAAUGGCAGAGAAAAUACAAUGCACCUCGUGAAAGUUACUGCAAAGGUGAUCAAGAAAUUCGUGAUCAGCCCUUUGGAAUUCAAGUCAGGAAUGUUCGCUGUAUCAAGUGUCACAAAUGGGGACAUAUUAAUACUGAUAAGGAAUGCCCUAUGUACAGCUUGUCUAUGAGUGCUGCAAGAUCUUUGGAAAAUGCUACAGUCCUCGACCAGAAUUCUUUAGUUCAGCAAAUGCUUGAUGAUGGUUUAGCUUUAAAAAAACAGCAUAUCAAUACAACCGAAGCUAAUAAACACCUGCUAGUGAAUGAAGAUGUAGAAGAAAAUUCAGAAGUGGCUUUUAUAAAAUCUUUAACAAAAAAACAAAAGAGAGCAUUAUUGAGAAAACUGGAAAAGCUAGAGAAUAAUUUAAAUUCUAAUUCAAAAAAUAAUGAUGAGUAUAGUGACAGGGAAUUAUCCUCGGAUGAAGACACCCGAAAGAAACCUAGGUCUAGAACUCAUAUGAAAACAGAAGACCGGUAUAAGAAUGAAAAAAAAAGAAGUAAGAGUAAAGAGAGGAAGAGGAAAAGAAGAUGUGACAGUGAAGAUAGAUAUUCCAAGAGGAAGCAUUAAUACAUAUAAUUAUAUUUGCACGUAUCACAAAUGCAGUUAAAGGAUAUUCAAAUGGUUAUAUAUAUAUUAAUUUUCUAUGUAUAUAUAAAUUAAAAUUGUAUGACCACUGUAA